AGUUUUGCGUAAACAGUACGCAAAACAAAACAAAUCGAUAUUGAUUCUUUCACCAAAGGGUAAAAGCAAAUCUUUGGCCGCUCCAGUUUGUCGACACCAAAAUGAGCGCUACGCUCGUGAAUAUAGCCGAGGAAGACUUCUUCGGCACGGUCAUUCGGUACGGUUUGUACGUUGGGGCGAUUUUCCAAAUGGUGUGCCUGGCAGCGUGCAUCGUCCUGCCCGACUCGUCCGGAGGCAGCGGUGAACCGGGAAGUUGGUCACCGAAGAACAACGACAGCGAAGACUCUAGCUCGGAACACUCCUCGCCACAGAACACUCCCAGAAGACCGUACCACCGUAGCCGCAAGCAGGACAAAAAGAAGCGCCGCUAAGCUGCUGGCACUCCUGCUGAUCACUUUCCACGCAAAAUCUACUUUAAUAGCAUUCCAACGCUAGUCUGAGAUGUGUUAGAUGUUUUGUCCCUUCUCUAGCUUUUAAUCGAUAUCUUAUCGGGCGACUUCGGCAAUGACCGAUCUCACUGCGUACUUAGCGAUAGGAAGCUCAACGAGAUCUUCGUCUACUACCAUUCCGUAGUGAAACAAAAUACUCAUCAGCCAACCGAGACUAAAUGUAACAGUGUACUUAUUGUCGACUUAUAAAACAUUUAACUUCACAAACCAAAGGCGGUUAGUUCUUUCAAUAUUCGAAAUUUAAAAUCAAACACUUUAAAAGGCAUUUACAAAUUCACCGUCUACCAGUACAAGACUUUAUAUUGCAAAAGAAAACAGUUUCUUUCAUUAACUUUACACAUAACACAUUGCACCCUUUUCUGGCAGGUCAACGUCAUACUCCCCACGAACGGGCAAGUACGUUAGAUAACAAAACAGAAACCAAAAACAAAAAAACGGUAGAA